GCGCGCGAGACGACGUACAGCUCGUCUGUGCACGAUCGUUAAGUUGCAGUACCUGUGCUCAUCGUAGCUGCACAACGCUGGCAGCCAUUCGCCAUCGCUGUGAGCCGCAAAGACCCUGUGCCCUCACACAGCCAGCGGGCAAGUGGCCGCACGCCGCCGUAGCGCGCGCACGAAUCACGCAAGCGCGCGCACGAAUCACACAAAUGACGAGCUCGGCCAUCCACGGCGACGAGGACGUGGAACUGAUGGAGGUCGGGACGGAGGGCCUCUCCUGGGCCGACGCGCGGGACCGACUAGCCAGGGAAGGUGCAAAUAAACCGAGGCCACCAUGCGACUGUCCCGCCGUGGUCUGUUGUCUGUUGCCUUGUCUGACGUCGCUGCCGUCGAUGCGGGCCUACGCGCGCUGCGUCACGGAGGACGCGUGCGUGCGGCGCGACGGCGCCUGGAACGAUGUUGAUGCUGUCGAUGUCGUACGAGGCGACCUCGUAUUAGUGCAGGAAGGGGAACUAGCGCCGGCGGAUCUGCGCCUCGCGUCGUGCACUGAUGAUUUUCUGGUAUCAAUGCUACGAUUGAAUGGUGUUGACGCACCCGUCUCGCUCAAAGUCGGCGACUCUGUGCCAUUAGGUGCUGAAUGCCUCAGAGGAAACGGCAAGGGUGUCGUCAUAGCUAUUGGAGACAACACGAACCUCGCCAGGAGGAUACGUAGUGGACGGUGGCCACCAGCGCGGGGUAGAUCCGCGCGUUCGAGCGAGACGACCAAUUCCCCGCUCAACGCCAUCGCCGCGACAAUUAACAUUACUAGUCCUUACUCCCAGGGCACCGCAGCAUUGUAG